ACAGAUGUACGACUUUGCUUGAAAUUCGUUAAGGAUCUUGCUGAAUCCUCCUGGACAUCCGGAGAUUGAAGAACGAUUUACAGAGUGACGGGAAAAGAAAAGGAAGUCGUAAAUGUUACCAAAUAUUGCUUUUUGAUGAUUUUUUCUUGGCACGGCUAAUAUCUAGAAUGGAAAAUCCUGAUGAUAUUGCAAUUCGCUUUGGAGAUGAAGCUUUGCAGCAGCAGCAUCAGAAACGCUUAAGGCAUCCUCUGGCUGUGCUUUUCCAGCUUUUAUUUCGAGUUUCAGCCUUGCUUAUUUAUUUAUUUUGUGGUUGGUUCAGUGAUAGUUUCGUAACGUGUUUUGUUUUUAUUAUAUUAUUAUUAUCAAUGGAUUUUUGGACUGUAAAGAAUGUCACAGGAAGAUUACUAGUGGGUUUACGGUGGUGGAAUUACAUAGAUGACAACGGGCAGAGUCACUGGGUUUUUGAAUCUAGAAAGAAAGAUGACAUUAGAGUCACAAAUGUUAUCGAAUCCCAAGUGUUUUGGAUUUCUCUCAUAGUAACACCAAUAUUAUGGUUUGUGUUCCUUCUUUUUGCAUUAUUUGGUGCUAGAUUAAAAUGGCUGUUGGUGGAUUGUGUUGGGUUAUGCUUAAAUGGAGCGAAUGUUUACGGUUAUCUGAGAUGUAAACUUGGUGAUGGAAAAAGUAUACGUGAUUCCGCUUCUGCAUUUCUUACACCAAAACUUUUUACAAAUAUAAUGGAAACUUUCACUCCGAAAAAGAACGAGCCACCGAGAAUUCCACAACAGAUCUAACGUUCCAUGCCGCAUAGACACUAAAGUGCGAAAUGUCAUCCAAAACUGUACAGUCCUUUAUUAAUAUAUAAUCGAUUCAUUCGUACAAACUGAUAUAUGUAUAUUUAGAAUCCAAAAUGUUGACAAAUAAAACAGUUUUAUAAAAUCUUAAAUUGAUGUUAAGGAUCGAACAUGCAAAUUAAUAACUGUAAAUAAGUAAAUCUGCACAAUAAAAUUUUAUUUUCGGGUAUAAAAAUAUACAUCUCGAGU